AUUUGCCACCAUUCCUGUCAGCUGAAGCCCCCUCUUCGAGUCAAGUCAAUUCAGUGUCCAGUGCUGUGCUCAUUCAUGGGGGUCACGUCGGCUUUCGACAUCAAGCCACCCUCGUCUAAGAUGGAGAUGUUCAAGAAAGUCAAGAAACGCCUUGGCCUAGGCAAGGGUGAAAGCAGUGCCAAUAAUGCGACAAACAAUUUACCUCCUCUGCUAUUCCACCGUAUCCACGAGGAUAACGUCCGCAUCAGCAGAGACGGAAACGUUGCGAGGAAAACGGAAAGCUUCUGCAAAGGAGUUAGCUUUUCAGCCCGUCCAGUGAAAAUCGCAGAAAAGAUCUGCCUGAGGAUAGUGGACGUAUCGGAUAGCUGGAAUGGUGUCGUCAGGUUCGGCUUCACGAGCAACGAUCCGAGCGGACUCCAGUACAAUUUGCCGAAGUACGCUUGCCCGGAUUUGACGAACAAACCCGGAUAUUGGGCCAAAGCCCUCUCGGAGAGGAUGUGCGAGAGAGACGCAACGUUUUUCUAUUAUUUGACCGCUGCGGGAGACAUCCAUUUCGGAAUAAACGGCGAAGAAAAAGGAGUGUUCUUCAGCGGUGUCGAAACUCGGGGCCAGUUGUGGGCCAUGGUGGACAUCUACGGCAACACGACGGCCAUCGAACUCCUAGACCCUCGAGAACAAUUGAACAAUUCGCGACGCCUGGCUGUCGAAGAAGACCCCGCGAGAUUUAUAGUGCCACAGAUGUCGAGCAUGAGCAUACAGACCUCUCCACAGAUAGCUGUCGAAGCUCCGUCCGUCGAACUCACGCCUCCUCCUCUCAGAUACAAGAACUCUUCGACCAAGUUCAGCCCUCUACCUUUUCGGGACCCGCGUUUGAGCAAUGAUAGGAGUAUAACGAGCCGGUACGAGACGGAAUUCGCACAAGGGUACGUCUUCACGGCGAGGCCGAUUCAGCUUGGAGAAAAGAUCGUUGUGCAGGUUCUCGCGACCGAUGACAUGUACCUCGGGGCCCUCGCUCUCGGCCUGCCUUCCUGCGACCCGGUACAUCUCUCACCGCACGACCUCCCAGACGACGCAGACUCUUACAGGCCACUUCUUUCGUCCUUUCCGUUUCUAGCUCGAAACCGAAAACUCCCCCACCAUUCCUCAUAG